CCUAACAAUUAGUUAUUCAGGGAAAGAUAUUGUUCCUACUCUGGUAAUCGAUCAUACUUCACUAACCUCCACCCCGGACCAGGACUUUCCAUUUGAGAUUGUUCUUCAAAAUGAAUGGACAGAAAAGAAAGAAAAAGAAGAAAUUGAGAUUUGGGAAAAAUAUCAGGAGGAGAAUUCAAUAUCAUUAAAUCUUCAAAGAAUUCCAAAUUAUCAAACACCUGUUGGAUUACCCCCCCAGCCUUCUAUAAUGAGGUUUCCUGAUAUUGAUCCUGAUAUUCAAUAUCUUAAGACACUUCUGAAACAUCAGAAAAGCAUCAGUUUACCAACUAGACUAGAUAGACAGGAUACUACUGAGCUUAAUGGGUUUACCAUACAUAACUACCCUGCUACAAGAAGAAAAACAGAUAAAAAAUAUUGGAAAAGAUAUAUUGGACCCGCCCUAGCCAGCAUAUUUGCAGUUUCAGCCACGCUAAUGGUGACAUCAUCUGUGCUACUUUGGAACUAUACAGAGACUGUUCAGAGGAGAAAUACGAAGAAACAAAGUCUUAUUCUUGAUCAUUGGGGGAAGGGUGGACCCCUGACAGUAGACUCAUCAAUACUAGAGCAAGGUGAAAUAGUUGAAGGAGAGAAGGAUCUGUUAAGGCGAGAUAUGGGGUUUCCUGGUGCUGAUCCUAAACUAAGUCUAGAAACUCAAGGAUUCUUGAAAAAUGAGAGCCAAGAAAAAACCUGACAAUACCUUGUCAAAAUCCUUGCCAAGGAUACUAGAUAGAAGAGCGUCAACAUUCAACCUGUCAUUCCUUUAUUGGACCUUUUUCCUACGAUGGCUAAAGAAAAGCCCAGAAAAAGUGAAACAAUUCUUUACAGGCCAAGAUUCCAACUGACAUUCCUAUCUUGAAACCCUUGCCAAGGAUACCGGAUAAAGGAGAGUCAAGAUUCAACCUGAAAAUUCUUUUUUGAAACCUUUGCCAAGGAUACUAGAUAAAGGAAAUUCAAGAUUUUUUUAUCUGACAACCCUAUAUCAAAACCCUUUUCAAGGAUACUAGAAAAAGGAGACUCAAGAUUUAAAUCUAAAAAUUCUGUAUUAUAAUCCUUGCCAAACCCUGGAGCUAAUAAUCAAUUGCCAGCACUUGUUACCUUGUAAAUUAAUUACAUAGAUUUUUGAAAAAUAAUAUUAUUUACCAGUUUAUUAUUUUUUGUUUAUUUUCAAUU